UAAAAUUGAAAAAGGAGUACCUUUACUUUUACUGGAGUAAUAUUUUAUUAUACGAAUCUGUACUUUCACUCAAGUACUUGAUUUGUGUACUUCGUCCACCACUGUUUUAAUCUAAAAUCAAUGACAAUACACAGGGGAAUUAUGGGCCCUGUGCACUUAAUUUGGUAUGAGGUCCCCUAUUUUGCUUUAAAAAAAAUUCUAAAAAAUCAACACUACCAAAGACAAAAAUAGUUUUGAAAAAUGUGAACCAUUUAAACAGACAAAAAUGUUUAUAUUUUAGAAAUCAACUUUUUUUUUUUCCAUUUAGUGGUAUUAUUAACUCCCUGUUGUCUUAUUUAGACUAAAAUUAAACAACUGUAACAUCUUCAAGGUAGUGCUGUUAUUCUUUGGCUCUGUUGAUACCUUGUGACCUUUCAUGUUAAUAACAUCACUGUUCUAUUGAUUCUAUAUGUAACCUCAUAUUUAUUUGGGAAGUUGUAAGGGGUAAGUAGAGGCCUUUUGUAGGCCAAGAGGCCAGCAUCUGUUCUUGUGUUUAUGGAUAGACAAGGAGAUAGGGUAUACUAUUAUAUGUUUUUUUGUUUGUUUGUUUGUUUUUUAGCCUGGUUGUCUAUUAUUUUGGCAGUAGUUCACCCCUGAAUGUUUUGCUUCCGUUAUUUCUUGAUUUAAUUUUCUCCUGCUUUCUUUGUUAUCUCUUUCAAGAUAUUGUUUGUAAACACAGAAGAACAAUGCUAUAAAAAACAAACAAGGGAAUGGUAAUGUUUUUUUUUUUGUCGUUUAUGUUACACCCUGACCUCGGCCGUGGAUCGCCACACUGUAAUUACAGAUUUAGCUUAAAUUAAUAUGUCCGUCUAUAUUUUUCUUAGAGCAGCAGUAGCUCUAGGGCCAUCUACAUCAAAAGCAGCAGAUCAGCGCACAAUACAGCAAACAUUUCAGAAACGUUUCAGGUGUGAGUCAUGUUCCAUCCGUAAAUCUGCAUUAAGUGGAUGAAGUGGACAGAUAAAAUAUUCUCUAAUUCUGUCAUUCAGUUUUAAAAGUACUUAAGCGUCUCACACAGACCUGAAGCACCAGAACUGUCUCUUUCCAAACCUUUAUUUUGUUUUCUAACAGUAAUGGCAGACAAUCAUUCAUAUUCUAAAAACUAAAUAACAAUCUUGAGCUCAGAUUCAACACAGCAGCAAAGGGUCAAAGUACACAAGACACAAUCAGUAAGAUAGUAAAAAUGCAGAAACUUUACCCUCUCAAAACACUUACCAGGAAACGACUGUCUCAUUAUUCAACUGCUUUCUGUCCUAUCUGAAUAUCUGGACAAAAUCAAAAACAAAAUAGGAUCAAGAAGGAUUUAUGAGAAGCUUGUUUUUGCGUAGACAACAGAUAUUUGUAAUUCGUGUGGUUAUUUAUGGAUCGUAUGUAAAAAGUGAAAAUGGAUUCACUGUCUGCAGAUGAUUUUUCUUGUCCCGUGUGUAUUGAAAUCUUCAAGGAUCCUGUUGUUUUAUCAUGUAGUCACAGUGUCUGUAAAGAGUGUCUUCAACAGUUCUGGAGAACUAAAGAAACUCAGGAGUGUCCUGUCUGCAGGAGAAGAUGUUCAAAUGAUGCACCUCCAUGUAAUCUAGUGUUAAAAAACGUAUGUGAGUCCCUCCUGAAGGAGAAGAAAGAGAGGCAUUCAUCAGAGUCUGAGGAGCUCUGCAGUUUACACAGUGAGAAACUCAAGCUCUUCUGUCUGGAGGACAAACAGCCGGUGUGUUUAGUGUGCAGAGAUUCAGAGAAACACAUCAAUCACACAUUCAGACCCAUCAGUGAAGCUGUUCCAACUUACAAGGAGGAGCUCCAUACAGCACUGAAGUCCUUACAAGAGAAAGUUCAGCACAAAGCAAACAUUAAAGAAGAGUUUGAGAAAACAGUUCAACACAUCAAGUCUCAAGCUGAUCAAACAGAGCAGCAGAUUAAGAAGGAGUUUAAGAAGCUUCGUCAGUUUCUCAGAGAUGAAGAGAAAACUACAAUCACUGCACUGAGAGAGGAAGAGGAGCAGAAGAAACAGAUGAUGAAGGACAAGCUGGAGGAGAUCAACACACACAUCUCAGCUCUUUCACACACAAUCAAAGACAUGGAGGAGAUGAUGAAAGACAGUGACGCCUGCUUUCUGAAGAAGUUUCCAGUCUCGAUGGAAAGAGUCCAGAUCUCAUCACAGCCGGAUCCACAGACUCCUUCUGGAGCUCUGAUUCAUGUGCCGCGAUACUUGGGAAACCUGCCCUUCAGAGUCUGGAAGAAGAUGCAGGACAUCGUCCAGAACACUCCUGUGAUUCUGGAUCCAAACACGGCUCAGCCACUUCUCGUCCUGUCUGGUGAUCUGACCAGUCUGAGAUGGAGCAACAUCAGGCAACCUCUUCCUGAUAAUCCAGAGAGAUUUGACAUCUAUCCCUGUGUUCUGGGUUCAGAGGGGUUUAACUCAGGAACACACUGCUGGGAUGUGGAGGUUAAAGAGAGCUCAUCCUGGGGUCUUGGUAUAACUACAGCAUCAAACCAGAGGAAGGGAAGUGAUUUUUUUAAGACUGAUGUCUGGAGUUUGCAGCACAAAAUGUUUGAAGACUUUGGUUUUUCAGUUAAGCAGGUUCUUCAAUGUGUGAGAGUGAAUCUAGACUAUGACAGAGGAACAGUGUCAUUCUCUGAUCCUGUAACUAACACACAUCUACACACAUUCACAACCACCUUCACUAAAACAGUCUUUCCGUUCUUUCAUAGCAUCUACCCUCUGAAGAUCUUACCAAUACAUUAUUCUAAGUCUAAUACUAUCUACAACCAAAGUAAAUUCUAGCAUGAACCAGGGGCGGCUUUAGGGGUGGGCUAAGGGGGCUGAAGCCCCAAAUUUUUUCAGUAAAGCCCUGAAUGCUUUUAUGACCGUGUCUUGUGCGCAUCAUCAUGAGUUUUCAUGUGCAUUAAAAUUAUUUCUAUUAUAUCAGCACUGCUUCAGAUAUUACUGUAUAGCCUAUAAAUUCAUAAUACCAAUCUCAUCAUCUGUUAAAAUGUGAUUAUUGUUCUUGUACUGGACAUAAAUGGUAAACUUAAAUGGUAGCUUUCACAGCAGGCUUCUACCCGGCAGUCAAAGUGGCAUUAUGUCACAAAAGUGUGGGCUCAAAGGAAGACCACAAGGGUUUAGGAUGUGAUUUGGGACAGGGCCAGCGUCGAGUCUUCUGAGGUGAAGAGUUCGUGGCUCACACACACUUUACACAGUCUGUUUAAGUGACAUUUUACAGGCUCAUUUCUGUACUGUUUUCAUUGAAAGUGACGUGACAUUCAGCCAAGUAUGGUGACCCAUACUCAGAAUUUGUGCUCUGCAUUUAACCCAUCCGAAGUGCACACACACACGGAGCAGUGGGCAGCCAUUUAUGCAGUUGAGCAGU